AUGCGGGAUCGCUCGCGCGCGUGCAGGUACCAGGUGGAGGUGUUCGCGGCGGCGCUGCGCGGGAACACCAUCGCGGUGCUCGACACCGGCUCCGGGAAGACCAUGGUCGCCGUCAUGCUGGCGCGGGAGCACGCCCGCCGCGCGCGCGCUGGCGAGGCGGCCCCGCGCCGGAUCGUGGCAUUCCUCGCGCCCACCGUGCACCUCGUCCACCAGCAAUUCGAGGUGAUUCGGGAGUACACGGACCUCGACGCGGUGGAGUGCCAUGGGGCAUCGGGGGUCGGUGACUGGAACGCUCGUCAGUGGAAGGAGGCAAUCGGGACUAAGGAGAUAGUUGUUAUGACGCCACAGAUAUUGUUGGACGCUCUGAGGCAUGCUUUUCUAACUAUGAGUGUGAUGAGCUUGCUAAUAUUUGAUGAAUGUCAUCGUGCUUGUGGAAACCAUCCCUACUCACGAAUAAUGAAGGAGUUUUACGUUGAUUCUGAUUGGAGGCCAACUAUAUUUGGAAUGACGGCAUCUCCAGUUGCUACAAAAGGAGCUUCUACUAUAGGAGAUUGUGAAGCACAGAUUGCUCAACUUGAACUGAUAUUGGAUGCCAAGGUUCUUUCUCCUGCAGCCAAAACUUCUGUAGUUUUGAAAUUUAUUGAGUUCUUUUAGGAAAGCCAAGUUUGCAGCAAAUUGAUGUCAAUAUCUUACAUGUUAUCCCAGGUAUAUAUUGUUGAAGAUAGGAAUGAACUUGAGAGAUUUUCACCUGGUGCAACAAUUGUUAAUAAAUACUAUGAUCCUUACUUGUUUGAUUUGGAUGAUCUGGAAUCAAAGUUACAGACACUGUUUGAGGAGUUUGAUGGUUUGUUGGUUAGUCUACAAGAAUCAGCCCCUAAUAAAUUUGAAGACACUGAUAGUAUCUUGGAGAUGUCAAGAAAGAGCUUGUCCAGGUACCAUGGGAAGAUAUUGUAUGGACUGAAUACUCUUGGUCCAAUUGUUACCUUGGAGGUGGUGAAAAUAUAUAAUGAAAGCAUCAAUGCAGUUGGUGAUUCUGAAGAUUGCCUCUUUUCUAAAGCUAGCCAGAACUUACAGGUGUCCUAUUUUAAAGAAGCUUUAUUUUUGAUAGAGGAAAUUCUGCCACAGGGUUAUGAGGAACUGAUGAAAUCAGAAUCUGGUUCUGCGGAACUAACUAGGAGGGGAUAUAUUUCUUCUAAAGAAGUCCUUUGCCUGAUUUUUGUAGAAAGAAUUAUGACAGCCAAAGCUGUUGAAAGGUUUAUGAGAGGAAUUGAGAACUUCUCUCGCUUUUCAAUUUCUUACUUAACUGGAGGGAGUACAUCAAAAGAUGCUUUGAGCCCAGCAGUACAGAGAUUUACUUUGGAUUUGUUCCGAGCUGGGAAAGUGAAUUUGCUUUUCACAACAGAUGUUACUGAAGAGGGCAUUGAUGUACCUAACUGUUCUUGUGUGAUACGCUUCGACCUUCCUAGAACUGUUUGUAGCUAUGUCCAGUCUCGUGGGCGUGCCAGAAGAAGCAGUUCGAGUUAUGUUCUUAUGAUUGAGAGGGGAAACUUGGUGCAGCAAGAACACAUAUUUCGUAUAAUACGAACUGAAUACUAUGUUAAAAACUUCGCACUGCAUAAAUCGCCCAAUACUCCAUCCCAUGAUUUGCCUCUCGAAGAGAAGUACAUAUACCAUGUUGACUCAACAGGAGCGACUAUCACCGCAGACUGCUGUGUCAAUCUAAUUCAUAAAUAUUGUGAGAAGCUUCCAAAAGAUAGGUAUUACAUGCCAAAGCCUUCCUUUGAUGUGGGUCUCAAAGAUGGGUCUUAUCAAUGUACCUUGACAAUGCCUCCCAAUGCUGCAUUUCGAAGUAUAGUUGGUCCUCAAAGCAGUACAUGUAAUUUAGCUAAGCAGCUUGUAUGCCUUGAGGCAUGCAAGAAAUUGCACCAGCUGGGAGAACUCAAUGAUCAUCUGGUACCCUUGACUGAAGAACCUAAUGAUAUUGAUACAACUGUAACAGAUGGAAAAUGUCUUUCUGGACCAGGAACAACUAAACGAAAGGAGCUUCAUGGAACUAUAAAUGUUCAUGGUCUAUCUGGAAAUUGGAUCCAUGGAAGUGAAACUGCCACUCUGAAUACUUAUAGAUUUGAUUUUGUUUGUGAUCAAGAAGGUGAAAUUUAUGCUGGGUUCGUUCUCUUAAUGGAAUCAGUACUUGAUGAUGAUGUGGCAAAUUCAAAAAUAGAUCUCUUCCUUAUACCUAAUAAAAUGGUCUACACCACUGUAACUCCUUGUGGAAAAAUUCAACUGAACAAAGAGCAGCUGCAUAAAGGAAAAUUAUUCCAAGAAUUCUUCUUCAACGGUAUAUUUGGUAGAUUGUUUCAUGGUUCCCGAACGAGUGAACUGCAAAGGGAAUUUAUUUUCAGAAAAGGCCAUGAAAUACAAUGGAGCUCAGACAACAUGUACUUACUUUUGCCUUUGAAGCAUUCUUCCUAUAUACAGCGUGAUCUAAACAUACCGUGGGAAGCUGUUGAAUCUUGCUCUGAUGCAGUGGAGCAGUUGAGAAAUUUGUAUAUGGAAGACGGAAAUCUCAGUUAUGAAAAGUUAAGUCCAAACAAAAUAAACGAGGGAGAAGAAAUCAUUCAUCUGGCCAACAGAUCUCUUCAUUUUUCUAGGGUCAAAGAUUCAGUUGUGUUAUCUCUUCACACUGGGAGGAUCUAUUCUGUUCUUGACUUGAUUUUAGACACAACUGCAGAUGAUUCAUUCGAUGAGAUGUAUAAUGGGAAAGCUUCACCAUUUUCUUCAUUCGUGGAUUACUACCAUCAAAAGUAUGGUAUUGUUAUUCAACACCAAGGACAACCUUUGUUGCUGUUAAAGCAAAGCCACAAUGCACACAAUCUACUUUUUUCAAAAUUGAAGUACACAGAUGGUUCAACUGGCAAUCCUCUGCUCUUGGAGAAAGAGCAAAUUCAUGCCCGAGUGCCACCUGAACUACUCAUCCACAUUGAUGUCACAACUGAUAUUCUCAAAUCAUUUUAUUUACUCCCUUCUGUAAUGCAUCGGCUUCAGUCUUUAAUGCUAGCCAGUCAGCUUCGCAGCGACAUUGGUUGCACUCAACACAUACCGAGUAGUUUGAUAUUGGAGGCUAUUACAACUUUAAGGUGCUGCGAGACAUUUUCUCUUGAGCGGCUGGAGUUAUUAGGAGACUCAGUACUGAAAUAUGUAAUAGGAUGUGACCUGUUCCUAAGGUAUCCAAUGAAACAUGAAGGUCAUCUCUCCGAUAUGAGAUCAACAGCCGUAUGCAAUGCAACACUUCAUAAACAUGGAAUAUGGCGAUCCUUGCAGGGUUAUGUACGUGAUAGUGCAUUCGACCCACGUCGUUGGGUUGCCCCUGGACAGAUAUCAUUGCGCCCUUGUCCUUGUACCUGCGGAGUCGAGACUGCAUUUGUUCCUUUUAGUGGAAGAUAUAUCAGAGACGAUCCAUCUUUUGUUGUGGGAAAACCUUGUGACAGAGGUCACAGAUGGAUGUGCUCGAAAACAGUAUCUGAUUGUGUUGAAGCACUAGUUGGAGCAUAUUAUGUUGGUGGUGGCAUCGCUGCUGCACUUUGGGUUAUGCAGUGGUUUGGUAUUGAUAUCAGAUGUGAUAUGAAACUAGUGCAGGAAGUGAAAUCUAAUGCAUCUCGUCUGUGCUAUUUAUCAAAAUUUAAAGAUAUCGAGGAACUGGAAGCAAAACUGAAGUACAACUUCUCGGUUAAGGGCCUUCUGCUUGAAGCCAUAACACAUCCAUCUCUGCAGGAAUUGGGGGUCGACUAUUGUUACCAGCGGCUGGAAUUUCUUGGUGAUUCUGUACUGGAUCUACUAAUCACACGGCAUCUAUAUGCUUCCCACACUGAUGUUGAUCCUGGAGAAUUAACAGACUUACGUUCUGCUUUGGUCAGUAAUGAGAAUUUUGCACAAGCAGUUGUCAGAAACAACAUGCAUAAUCAUCUACAGCAUGGAUCUGGAAUACUUUUGGAGCAAGUAACAGAGUAUGUCAGAUUUAAUUUGGAGUGCAACCAGAAAGAGAAUGAAUUCCUUCAACAAGCUAUAUGCAAAGUACCCAAGGUUCUUGGAGACAUCAUGGAAAGUAUUACUGGUGCAAUAUUUAUAGAUGUAAAUUUUAAUGUUGAUCUGGUUUGGAAGAUUGUUGAACCGUUGCUUUCUCCAAUGAUUACCCCUGAUAAGCUUGCAUUGCCACCUUAUCGUGAGUUGCUGGAGUUAUGUAGCCACCUUGGUUGCUUCAUAAAUUCAAAAUGUACCAGUAAAGCAGAAGAAUUAAUUAUAGAGAUGACGGUGCAGUUAAAAGAUGAACUUCUGAUAGCACAAGGGCAUGACAGAAAUAGGAAGAGUGCAAAUGCAAAGGCAGCAGCCCGAAUUUUGGUUGACCUGAAGAAAAGGGGUCUUUCACUUAAACAAUGUUUAUCUAAGGCUAAGCAAUUGGACACUGUCUCCUCAGAACUGCAAUCUCAAUUGACAAGUUUGGAAUUCCGACAUGAUUUUCCGGAUGUGAACGGAAAUCUUAGCCUAGAAGGUCUUUCCUCAGUGGGAACAACAGUUGUUCUUCCUCUCAAAAUGGAUAAAGGUGGACCUCGGACUGCACUUUUUAGGCUAUGCAAGAUUUUGCAGUGGCCAAUGCCGAAAUUUGAAUUUGUGGAACAAAGGUUUAGGACUCCUAUUGUUCUGGAUGGGGUUACAACUACAAACUUCAAUAGCUUUGUUUCAACCAUCACCUUGCACAUACCUGAUGUGACAGUCAUUACACUUCAAGGUGAUCAACGAACUGACAAGAAGAGUUCACAGGAUUCAGCGUCGUUGAUAAUGCUUGAGAAACUCCAACAACUCAAGGUCUGCAUGUGCAAGAUGUAGCAAAGCGGCAUGCAUGGAUCAUUAUGCCAGUUACUAAGCUAAUGGAUUCCGUUGAUUAACGAGUGACUAUAGGAUGUGCCGUCCGAAACACUCGAUUGUGUAGGCUGACUACAGGAUGUAUUAGUGCUAUGCUGUACAAAAUAGCGGGUUAUGAGAUUUAACAUAGAGUUGUGCUCAAUCUCUAUAGCUCCGCUAUAGCCCACUAUAGCGUCGCUACGGUACAUUGCUUUUUAUAACCUCAGUUAUAAUACCUGACCACUUGAUUCUCUGGAGUGUAGUCUCUACUCAAAAGUCCAAAAUACUACUGUAUAAAUAGGCUAGAGCGCUACAGAUAUUGGA